GCUUAUUCUCACCACGUCAACUAUUCUGCAGACUGCAGGAGACCGCCUUCAGUCCUACAACCAAACUUCCCAGCAAACAUCUGGUCGCCACCCACAACAUAUUUCAGCUUUUUAGCUCCACUCCCAUUGUAUGACAGGAUUAGGGCACAAAAGAUCUGACACGGUGGGACAAACGACACCAAUCCCAACAUGUCGAACACCUUCAUUGGGCUCACCAUGUUGGUGACGCUCAGCUCUCCGCCGGGAGCUCAGCUAAGAGGGGUAGUCAGUGGCAUUGAGCCCGGCAAGAGCUUGACCUUGCGAAAUGUCACAUGUCCAGCUAACGGCAAAUACGUCCCCGAGUUCGCAAUCAAUGCUGCAGAGAUUGUAGAGUUGGUUGAAGCUGGCAAUGAGAAUCUUCAGGCGAAUGAGCCAGCUCCGCCGAAAGCUACUCCAGUCCCCCAACCAACAAAGACAUUCGAAGAUCCAGCCAUCCUGAGUGUAGGCAAGCGACCAACGCCAGUCAGUCGACCUUCUAUACCGAAUCAAUGGACCUCUACAUCAAUGGAACGGGUCGAGUCGUCAAGAACUGCUACGGGUAGGGAGGAGAGGCCAGUGGUUAACCAUGUACCACCCCCUGCUGCACAAUUAGUAGAGCCCAUGCAGAAGAUCAGUGUGGUAGAAGAUGAGGCAGGUAAUGCACAAGCUGUAACCUUGGAGGAACUAGAUGGAGCGGCACACAUAGCCUUUGCGCAACCAAGUGCAAAAGUCCAAGGAAAGAGAGCACGAAAACGGAAGGGUAGAAAGGAGAGGGAGGAGACGCCACAAGAUCCUACCAUUACUGUCACACCUGUGAAGGAGAUCACGAAGACGAAAGGUUGGAGACAAACGCCGUUACUGGAUGCGAAGGGCUGGAGACAAACACCAUUGCUCGAACCUAACCCGUCGUUUCAACCCUUUUCUACGCUGAAGAAGAAGGGGCGGAGAAAUGGGAAGACUGAGGAGAACGGCUGGGCGACAGAGGAUGCUACGGAUGUGCAAGAGAUGGGCGAUUUUGACUUUGAAGGCAGCCUGGCCAAGUUCGACAAGAAGACGGUCUUCAAUCAAAUACAAGCUGAGGAUACAAUUGCCGAGGAUGAUCGGUUGGUCGCGCACAACAGAUUGCCAAGGGCAAAGCCUGGCACAGCAGGUGGCAAGAAUCUUCAUCCUACGGAGAAUGUUCUUGAUAUGCCUAAUGGCAGAGUUGACCGCGAUGCUUGGAAGAGCGAGGCUGGAGAUAGCGAGGUCGAGGAGAGGACAAGUCAGCGAGAUACUGGCAGCGGUAGGACCUCUCGUAGAGGUGGUAGGGCGGAGAGCAAGUUGGGCAACAAUCAUCGACCUGUUUCUCGAAAGGGAAGUGCUGGUAUUCCCGGCAUUCAGCCAGCUCGUACACUUUCAAUUCCAACGCCAGCCGCGAAGCCUGCUUUCUUCCUUGUCCCGUCUGAUCGCCGUUGUGAGCCUAUCUCAGCUUUGCAGAUGCUCAAUCUUGAAAACAUUGCAGACAACGAGCUGGGCUUGUCGGAAGAUAUGAUGACGGAAAAUUCUGGUCGUGGUAUCGCUGAAGUUGCUUUGUCGGCUCUGAACACCGGUGGACGAGGCUUGACCCAAGGAAAGGCUUCCUAUGUUCCAACUGUUGUCGUCUAUGCAGGAAACAACAAGAGCGGUAUGCGAGCAGUAGCAGCUGGUCGACACAUUCGAAACCACAGCCUCAAUGUCGUUGUUUGCGUCCUUGGCCUUGAACGGGAGUCGGAACUCCUGGUUGGACUGAGACGUCAAAUCAAGGUCUUCCGCGGCUUCGGAGGCAAGAUCGUCAACAAGGUCGAGCUUCUUGAAUUUACCAAGUCUCUUGACGCUCCAAUUGAACUUAUAAUCGACGGUCUCCUGGGCCUUACAAUAUCUUUCGAAGAACUGAGAACAGGCGAUCAAGCCACAGCUUACGAACUCAUCGAAUGGGCAAAUCGAAGCAAAGCUUCAGUCCUAGCCAUUGAUAUCCCUACAGGCAUCGAUCCUACAUCUGGUAAAGUCAGCAUUAUUGAUGGAAGACAGCUUUACAUUCACUCCAAGUAUGUUGUAGCUAUGGGAGCUCCAAAGAAGGGUCUACUCGAGACGAUGGCUUUGGGUGAGGGAGUUGUGGAUGAGGACGGUAUUGUCUCGGGCAACGAGUGGCAGCUCUUCGUCGCUGAUAUUGGUCUUGGAGCUGCGGUGUGGAAGAAGGCUGGCACGAAGAUUAGGAGAGGAGUUGAAUUUGAGGGGAGCUGGGUUCUGGGUAUGCGGUUUCAAGGUGGAGCGGAGUGAAAAGUUCUAGGGCCGCAGACAUAAAGAUUAUGGGGAUGGGGAUGGGUUUGUUUACCUGGUUAAGCUUUAGCAUGGCGUUUCAAUCAAUGGGGGUGGAUGGAUAAUGGUGCAUUGCCAGGCGCUGAUGGAUGGGGCCAGUCUCUAGAAUUACUCGAGAGCUUGGCUUUGGCCCUUGGCGAGUUGAUCGAAAUGAAUAUUGACGAAUGCAGGUCCUGGGUCGUCUCU